AUUUUUUUCUUCUCUGUUCCGAAACUUUCAGUUUACACAAACGAAAAUUGUGCCUUUUGCAAGAAAAAAGUAAUUACGGUAGAGAAAUAUGAACGCGAUGCUCUCUUUUGUUCUGAAGAAUGUUGGACGCAGAGCCUUCGUACAUGCGUGGCUGAUCUCCGCUGUGGUGCCAUAAGCUCCUGGCCGGUAGAAAUGUUUGUAUCGCUGGAUGCUAAACGCAAACUCCUUGAACUUGCUGCAGAAACACUUGACGGCGAUUUCUUGCUUCAGGUCAUUCUGAUGGUAAAGUCUCGUCUAGAUCGAGAGAUUUUCUUUCAACUUCUACUUCAAAAUGACCUCAGUUACAACCAUUAUGUACGCUUUUUGAACGAAACGGGGCAAGUUACAGAUGCCAGUGCUCUCUAUGAAACUGAGCUGUCCUCCAAUCCUCAGCUAGCCGCAAUGAACGCUUCCACCUUGCAGGCCGUUGACCUUCUUGAAUUUCAAACACAAGCGAACUCCGAGUGGCUAGAAUUUGUCGAGAAGACACUUCCCUCCGCUAACGAACAUGUAAAAUCGCUAUUAGGUGAACUUUCCGGACAGCUUAUUGGUCAAAACCUCGCAAAUACAAUAAUAGCUUGCAUUCUAAUGGACAACAAGGCUACGAACGGUAGCCGAUCACAUCAGUUGAAGAUUAAGCACAAGAUGUCCGAUGAAGUUUUUCGCUGGCUUGCCUUGGAGCCACUAAUAGCCCUAGAGCAUUGGAUGGAGAUCGAUUCAUUGCUGAUAGAAAAGAAAUGGUUUGCACGAAAAUUUGUUCUUGGCCUUCCAGUCGAUCGCCUUAUACUCUUCUUACAUUCCAAGAAUUCGCCAAAUGCGAUAAUCGCCCGAUACUUGCAAUAUCUACCAGACAGUGAUACACUAGUCGACCUCGUUGUGCGCCUCGGCUUAUACAGCCUUGGAAUCGAACAUUUCGUACGCAAAAAGGAUGCCGCUGGCUUGAGGGGUUUGCACUCCAGAGUGCCGUCCUCACGCACCAAAGAAACACAAGAGAUUGAAGCCUAUCUUAGUCUUCCCACCAAUCAGUGGAAAGAGAACAUACCAAAGGAAUAA